UCAAUUCAACUUUGCAAUUUUGAAAAAUGGUUUUACUUGGUUUUGAUAAAAAUAAAGUAAUUCACAUACACUGUAUUUUGAAUUUAAAUUAUAACGCAAUAAUAUCAAAACUACAAGCUUACCCUUAUGUUAUAAGAACGCGUUACAAAAAGUGUUUUUUAUGAUAAUUUUGUUUUUAAUGCAUUAUACAAAAAAAACAUUAAGUUUUAUAAAUUUACAUAUGCAGCUAUUUAUCAACCGUGAUAUUAUUUAAAUAUUGAAACCAUGUUAGGAUUUGUACUGUUUUUGGUAUUAUCUUGCAAUGCUGCAGAGGACAAAGCAAUUCCCUUAGUGAUCAAUACCUGGAAGUUCACUGAGGCAACGGAAAGAGCAUGGGAAGUGUUAUCAGCCAGUUCUAAUGCGCUCAAUGCUUUAGUUGCGGGCUGUUCCCGAUGUGAAGAACUUCAAUGUGAUGGGACUGUUGGUCCAGGAAGCCCUGAUGAAAGUGGUGAAACAACAUUAGAUGCUUUAAUAAUGGAUGGUGAAAAUAUGAACAUAGGGGCUGUUGCUAACUUGAGGGAAAUUAAAAAUGCAAUAGGUGUGGCAAAACACGUUCUACUACAAACAGAACAUUCACUGUUAUCAGGAAGCCAAGCUACAGAUUUUGCUGUUUCUAUGGGAUUUCAAAAAGAGUCGCUAUCCACCAAUCAAUCCAAAAAAAUGUGGGAAAAUUGGCGUAAUUCGAAUUGUCAACCAAAUUUCUGGAGAAAUGUAAAGCCAAAUCCUAAAAGCGAAUGUGGUCCAUAUAGCCCCAUAAAAAGAAAUGAUAUCAAUUCUUGCGAUAAGAGAAUGAAAUAUAAUUUUAAUAACAAUAAUCACGAUACCAUUGGUAUGAUUGUAAUAGAUUCGCACAGUCAUAUAUAUGCCGGAACAUCUACAAAUGGGGCUAAAUUCAAAAUUCCCGGACGAGUUGGUGAUUCUCCAAUACCAGGAGCUGGGGCUUAUGCAGAGAAUGGAAUAGGAGCAGCAGCUGCAACUGGAGAUGGGGAUGUAAUGAUGCGAUUUCUACCAUCGUUUACAGCUGUUGAAAAUUUACGCAAUGGAAUGCAGCCAAGGGAAGCAGCAAAAAAUGCUAUUGAUAGAAUUUUAAAAUAUUAUCCUGAUUUUACUGGAGCAGUUAUAGUAGCCAGGUACACUGGAGAAUUUUCAGCAGCAUGUGCUGGAAUGAAAAAAUUUCCCUUUUCUGUACGACGAAACAAACAAACAAAUGUCCAAGUGAUAGAAAUUGAUUGUGAACUUAGUAAUUAAACAUAUUUUUGAGAGCUUAUAAUAUAGGUACAUAAAAAUAAAGUUUUAAAUUUUAAACAAAAAA